CUCCUUGCUUAAUGUAACAAUUUGGGUCUUCAUAACAUAUUAUGUCAUUGGAUUUGAUCCCAAUGUAGAAAGACUUUUCAGACAGUUCCUGCUCCUCUUACUAAUGAAUGAAGCAUCAUCUGGGUUGUUCCGUUUCAUUGCUGGGCUUGCAAGGCAUCAGGUCGUUGCAAGCACCCUUGGUUCAUUCGGCAUUCUGAUUUUUAUGCUUUUGGGUGGAUUUCUCCUGGCAAGAGAGAAUGUGAAGAAAUGGUGGAUCUGGGGGUACUGGAUAUCACCCCUGGUGUAUGCACAGAAUGCCAUAUCAGUAAAUGAAUUCCUGGGUGACAGCUGGAAUAAGAUACUCCCCGGUUCUACAGAACCACUCGGAAAGCUUGUUCUGGAAUCUCGUGGUCUUUUUCCUGAGGCAAAAUGGUACUGGAUUGGUGGGGGUGCCUUGCUUGGAUAUGUGCUGCUAUUCAAUAUCCUCUACACUGUCUGCCUCACAUUCCUCAAGCCAUUUGAUAGCAAUCAGCCGACAAUUUCUGAGGAGACAUUGAAGAUCAAACAAGCAAAUCUAACUGGUGAAGUUUUAGAAGCAUCGUCAAGAGGAAGGGUUCCCAGCAAUACAGUAACAAGUACUGUGGAUGGGAGCAAUGAUGAAGCAGAUUCCAACCAUGCAACAGUAAAUUCUAGACCCGUCAACAAAGGAAUGGUCCUCCCUUUUGUACCUCUCUCCAUCACUUUUGAAGAUAUAAGAUACAGUGUCGACAUGCCAGAGGAAAUCAGAGCACAAGGUGUCAAAGAGACCCGGUUGCAACUAUUAAAGGGUAUAAGUGGUUCAUUUAGGCCAGGAGUACUUACUGCUCUAAUGGGUGUCAGUGGUGCUGGCAAGACAACGCUGAUGGAUGUGUUGGCUGGGAGGAAGACCAGCGGAUACAUUGAGGGCAACAUUACCAUAUCAGGUUACCCAAAGAAGCAAGAAACUUUUGCUCGUGUAUCAGGAUAUUGUGAGCAGAAUGACAUCCAUUCACCAAAUGUUACCGUCUAUGAGUCCCUUGCAUUCUCUGCAUGGCUCAGAUUACCUGCUGAUGUUGAUUCCUCAACAAGAAAGAUGUUUAUUGAUGAGGUUAUGGAGCUUGUGGAACUUUUACCCUUAAAAGAUGCAUUGGUGGGAUUGCCGGGUGUGAGUGGAUUAUCAACAGAGCAAUGGAAGAGGCUAACAAUAGCAGUUGAGCUGGUUGCUAACCCUUCUAUCAUUUUCAUGGAUGAACCGACAUCUGGACUUGAUGCACGAGCAGCAGCCAUUGUCAUGAGGGCAAUCAGGAAUACUGUGGACACAGGAAGAACAGUUGUUUGUACCAUUCACCAACCAAGCAUCGAUAUCUUUGAAUCUUUUGACGAGCUCUUCCUAAUGAAACGUGGAGGUGAAGAGAUUUAUGUAGGUCCAUUAGGCCGCCAUUCAUGUGAACUCAUAAAAUAUUUUGAGGCUAUUGAAGGUGUCAGCAGCAUAAAAGAUGGCUACAACCCUUCAACAUGGAUGCUAGAAGUGACUAGUACAAUGCAAGAACAAAUAACUGGUGUUAACUUUAGUGAAGUAUACAAGAGUUCAGAAUUAUAUAGGAGGAACAGAACUUUAAUAAAGGAGUUAAGCACACCUCCUGAAGGUUCAACUGACCUAUCCUUUCCAACGGAAUACUCGCAGACCUUCCUCACACAGUGUUUUGCUUGCCUGUGGAAGCAAAGUAUGUCAUAUUGGAGAAAUCCUCCGUAUACUGCUGUCAAAUACUUCUAUACAACAGUGAUCGCCCUGUUGUUUGGAACAAUGUUCUGGGGUGUAGGCAGAAAAGGUAAUGAUAAUAAACAAAAAAAAAGGAAGCAGAGAAUUGUGAAUGUCAAAUUUCCUACAGUUUUACAGAGGCUACCUCUGGUCCCCAUUUGUCACAAACUUACAUGCAGUAGACUGAAGCUAUUGUACUCUUGCAGGGAUAAUCAACAGGAUUUGUUCAAUGCCAUGGGCUCCAUGUAUGCCUCGGUUAUUUUCAUGGGAGUACAGAAUUCUGGUUCAGUUCAGCCAGUUGUAUCAGUUGAGCGGACAGUCUUUUACAGGGAAAGGGCAGCUCACAUGUACUCGCCUUUGCCAUAUGCAUUGGGACAGGUUGCAAUUGAACUUCCAUACAUCUUUGUUCAGUCGUUAAUAUACGGUGUGCUAGUGUAUGCUAUGAUUGGGUUCGAAUGGACAGCUGCCAAGUUCUUUUGGUAUCUGUUCUUCAUGUACUUCAACCUAGCGUACUACACAUUUUACGGGAUGAUGAUGGUGGGCCUGACUCCAAACUACAACGUCUCCUCGGUUGCUUCCACGGCGUUUUAUGCCAUUUGGAACCUUUUCUCAGGAUUUUUAAUACCAAGAACUAGAAUUCCAGUAUGGUGGAGGUGGUUCUACUGGAUUUGCCCCAUCGCAUGGACACUCAACGGUCUGGUCACUUCACAGUUUGGAGAUGUAACCGAGAAGUUUGCUAAUGGGGUGCGUAUAUCUGACUUUGUCGAAGACUACUUCGGGUACCAUCACGACUUCCUGUGGGCAGUCGCCGUAGUGGUGGUUGCAUUGCCAGUGCUGUUUGCAUUGCUUUUUGGGCUCUCGCUCAAGAUGUUCAACUUCCAGAAGAGGUAACCGGUGAAGACAACUUGAUUUAUCUCACGGCCCGAAUAGCGCAGACAUUGCAGAAGAAGGGUUUUGUAAUUUUUAGUGUGUAAAUAGCAUAGCUAUUAAUCAGAACUACUGAAAUCGAGAAUCAUUGUACAGCCCUACGGCAGAUAGAGGGUAUUUUGCCUGUUGGUGUAAAAUUAACCGACAAUGCCUAACACCUACGAUGUUAUUCAAAGCUCAAGUUUUGCAAAUUUUGUACCCA